AUGGUUCCUCAAACGACCAACGAGCACAAUCUCCUUGCUACCAAUGGCAAUCAUAGAUAUGGAGUCCAGCAAACGAACCAUGAAUUGGCGCAGAGGCCUGCACUGCCACCCCGUGAUCCCGCAAAUUGCACGUCUCCGAAGCCGCCUAGUCCUCCACCAAAGGAAACACAUGUUCCUCAGGAGGCUGACAUGGUCGAAAACGCUUCAGAGGAGCAUAGAAACCUGGAGAUCAAGUUGGACGAACAGUCCAACACUAUCACUCAGUUUACGAAGGUCUUUGAUGAUCAAAACAAAGUCAUUGACGACCUAACCGACGAAAACAACAGUCUCCUCGAACAGGUUGCCAAUUUGCGUGACCAACUCAGCCGUGAAAUUGACGAGCGAGAACAAACCAUUACGAGUUUGAGAAAAAAGCUCAGCAACGCUGCAGACAAGAGUGCCAAGGUACCGGCCCAUGCACCCCUUAGCCGACCGGAAAGUGAGCUAGUCAAGGACUGGGGAGCGCUUGCGUACGACAUCCGCAAUCUUGUCGACAAUCACCUUGUCGGUGGCCGGUUCGAGAACAGAAUCUCAGCAUGGGCACAGAGCAGAGGAGCUCAUCUCCGUGAUAUAACACCGAAUCCUCUCGAGGUAGCGUCCAACAGAAAACCAGGCGCUGCUCUCAUAGAAGCCGCUAUCUGGAGGGCUCUUAUUGAGUCUAUCUUUGGAUCAUACGACGGUGUUGGUCUCAUGUGUUGGGCAGGAAGAUAUAAGGAGAGGUUGCAAAGAUUGAAAGGCAGCCAGCAGAACCCCUUUGGCGAAAUCCAAGCCGCAGUCAAUAUUUCUCGACCUGGGGAUGUCAUCAUACUACGCGGAGGAACAUACGAACUCCUCAAGAACAUCAACAUCACGGUUAAUGGAACCGCACAAGCCCCGAUCUCGAUGAGAGCCGCCAAAGAUGAAGAAGUUAUCAUUGAUGGCGAGGGCCUCCCGAGCACCCCAGCCCCUGUUGGUGCUUCGGUGCCGGGCAGGGAGCGCGGUGUUCUUCAUGUCGAGCGCAUUCACUUCUGGAACUUUUCUCGCCUGACUUUCACUCACGGCCCAUACGGCGUCUACGUAAAGGAUUGCAGCAGCCUGCGGUUUAAUCAGAUUGUCACCAGGGACAACUACGAGAGUGGUUUUCACAUGCAGGGUGCCCUUUCCAAUAACGUCAUCUCUUACUUGGACUCCUACGGCAACCGCGAUCCUAGAAAUAAUGGCGAAAACGCUGAUGGUAUUGCUAUCAAAGAGGGCAAGGGAGAAGGCAAUAUCAUCAUAGGCUCUAGGUUCUGGGACAACUCGGAUGAUGGACUGGACUUCUGGGAGUUCCAUUCCAAGUUGAUCGUCAAGGACAGCAUUGCUUGGGGUAAUGGAUACAAUCGAUGGAACCUGCCUGAUUUCACUGGUAAUGGGAAUGGCUUCAAGCUUGGGGGCGGCAGUGCUGGCGACAUCCUCCCGGCAGGUCGCGAAAUCAUCAACUGCAUCGCAUUUGGCAACAAGGCCAAUGGCUUCACCGACAACUCGCAGACCGGCGACUUUCUUUUCGAAGAAAACACCUCAGUUUGGAAUGGAGCCGUUGGUUUCCGCAGCGUCAACGCAACCGGCGUCCUCGAGCGCAACAUUGCCGCCGUCAACCGUCCUGGCUCUCCGACGAACGUCACUUACGGCGGCCAAGUGACCCUACGAGGAGCGCAGAUCUCGAGGGAAAACUCUUGGGACAACGAACUUCCUCUGCUCACUAACCAGAGUUUCAAGAGCAUUGACAUCGGACUCGUCACCGGGGCUCGUGGGAAGAAUGGAAAGAUCGCGGCUAGCGACUUCUUGUUGCCUAUUGAUGGCGCCAAGAUGGGUGCUACCACUCAGUGGAAAUAA